UUUCAUUUAUUCAUCCUGUCAUAGAACACGAGUACAUCAUUGUCAUUGGAUGGCUCAUGAUCAUGUGAGGCUCCAACACUUCGAAACCUGCACACAGAGAUGUUGCGUCCAGCUUGCACCAUAUGGUCUGAAUACUCCUCCUGUAAAUGAGUGGCAUCGCCCUUUAAACUAAACCAUCCAGUAACAAUCGCUUCGGCCUGGCUGGCAACGCGGUGGACCGACUGGCGGAGAUUUGGGGGGUGCUGCCAGUGUAAUAACAAGGUAGAAACGAUGAAAACUCAUCUUUUCAGAAAACGUCAGUGACCGCAGUCGUGUUGUAGCUAACAUUCAUUGUACUGUAAGCUGACGCCGCGUCCAGCCACGAGCAGCGGCUGCUGCCUUGUUAUGUAGCUGACCUAACGUUAGCUAACGAGCGUUAGCAUGACAGCAUAUAAACCGAGAGCAGAGAGACAUGCAGCUGUUUGGUGUCGAGUGACAGCUCAGCGAAGUUAACCCACCUUGCCCUUCCGGCAAGCUAACGUACUAACGUUUAGUGUGUUAACGGUUACAAAGCCGCCCUGCUGUGCGACAGAAAGAGCCGUUAAUUCAAAGCCGCCGUCCAACGCCACACGGUGCGAGCUUGUGUUUGGGAACAACAGUUUGAUUUGUCAGGCUUUCCCUCUGCUCCGGUGCCUGUCAAGAGAAUCGCAAGAUCUCCUCGGGCAAUUAGGUAAGCUGCUAUUUAAAGCCAGCCAAAACAUAACUCAUGUGAGCUGCUGCUGUCUGAUAUUACAACAUUUAGACACAGACGUAUCCAGUGCGUUACCUAACUUUGCUCAUGAUGUUUACUACGCUGCUGAGGUUUUUGGUGCAUCACACCGAGUCGUCACCGUCAGUCCAUUACUGCAUGUCGGGAUCAUAACCAAUCCCAUCAGUCCUGUCGUGAGGAAGGCGCGUACUGUUUUCCAGCCCGCCCCGAGCGGCUCUCUUCAUCCCUCCCUUCUUGCCAGUCCUCUUGGUCCGGCGUAUGUCAUUUCGCCUGCGCAGGGUAAGUUACACAACCAAAAUAGAAAAGCGUCUGCAGGCGGUGCUCACAGGCAGGUUAUAUUCGCGAUUUAAAGCCGGUUCGGUCAUGCGUUGUAUUUGGAAAUGAGAGCCCUGGACUCAACAUGUGUUUUCCUUUUAGAGAGAACAAUGAUACGAACAUGAUCAGCGCCGAUGGCCUCUCUAAAUGCGAGGCGACUCUCCAAGACAGAGGCAGGAGGAGGCCACCCGCAGAGAUGCUCCAUCUGCUGUCAGCUGUCAUUGUUUGGCUGGUGACGGGAACCACCAUCUCCAGCCUCAACAAAUGGAUAUUUGCUGUUUACAACUUCAGGUAUCCUCUGCUGCUGUCAGCGCUGCACAUGCUGACAGCCAUAGUGGUGGACUAUGGGCUGAUCAAGCUGCGGGUGGUCCGUCACAGAGGGGUUGGAGAGCAGGACCUGACCCCCAACGCAAAAUGUAAGGUGUUCCUGUUGAGUCUGACAUUUUGUGCCAGUAUCGCCUUCGGGAACAUGGGUCUGAACUAUGUCCAGCUGUCAUUUGCACAAAUGAUCUACACUACCACUCCGCUCUUUACUCUGGCCAUCUCCUCUCUGAUCCUGGGCAAGCAGCAUCACUUCCUCAAAUACACAGCCAUGAUGCCCAUCUGCCUGGGAGCCUCCUUCAGCAUCAUGGGAGAGGUCCAGUUCGAUCAGACCGGCUGCUUCUUUGUGUUUGCAGCGACUAUGUUGAGGGGAGUCAAGUCCAUUCAGCAGAGCAUCUUACUCCAGGAGGAGAAAAUCAACUCUGUGUUCCUGCUCUACCUGAUGUCCAUUCCUAGCUUCUGCAUCUUGGCCGUGGCAGCUCUGGCCUUGGAAAACUGGGCUGUGCUGGAGUCGCCGCUGCAUUACGACUGCCACCUGUGGGUCUUUAUCUUGCUCAGCUGCCUGGGCUCAGUCAUGUACAACUUGGCCAGCUGCUGCGUCAUCACACUCACCUCUGCCGUCACUCUGCACAUCCUCGGCAACCUGAGUGUGGUGGGAAACCUGCUGUUGUCUCAGCUGCUUUUCGGCAGCGAGCUAUCCGCCCUCAGCUGUGCCGGCGCGGUGCUGACAUUGUCUGGCAUGCUCAUCUAUCAGAACUCAGAGUUUAUCGUCAGCUACAUGGACGCACGGAAGGCCAAAGCUAAAAAGUCCAGAGAGGUGGAUUUUCACACUGUAAGUGGAGAGGACUUGGACACAGGUAGUGCAUCUGAACCAACAUAUCAUCAGCAGAGAACAGACGGGAAACAGGAAGACAAAAUGGACUGAACUGACAAGAUGAAGGAGAGAAUAAAAUGUUGAAGGAUAAAGUGGGAGUUCUGUGUCUUUAAAAGGGAGUGUGACCUUUUAAGGCCAUCGUCACUGAUGAUGUUUUCUUCCUCACUGUGCCAAUUUAUUUCUCCUCUGGUCACACAGAAAUGGAGUCUAAAGACAGGAAAAGGUGGCCUUUAUUUAUCACAGUGAUGGUUAAAUUCUCUCCUUCAUCUGUAAAUCACUCAUACAUAGCCUAUAGCGGUAUAUGCAUGCAUGUGCACACUAAACUGUUUGAUACCUCAUGAGGUAUUCACACUGUCACUCAUACUACUCCACUGUGAAAAUGUGCUCUUUUACAGAGGGCUCUAAUCGAUAUUUUGGGUGGCUGUUGUGGAUAUUGCAGGCCACAUGUGAAACUGAGGUGAGGCGGGGCUGAGAGAACACUCCCCCUCAUAUCUGAACUGGCACAAUUUGUAAUAAAAAUGUAUAUUAAUAGUACUGUUACCUGACAUUCACCCGGCCCUGUCAUGGUAGGGGACUGGGGUUUUUGGCAGCUUUUUUUGUUGUUCGUAUGUGAAGCAGGGAGCUUGGUAUAAGGACACUAAAACUUUUUUUAGAGACAGAAGUUACAGUGAUGGACAAAGCCAACAUUUCUGUGCAAUGAGAUGCCUCUUUUCCUCUACUGAAGCACAUUUUAAUAAGAGGCCUGAACGCUGUGUUUUGUCCUCUCCUGUAAACCUCUGGCUUCCCACUUAAGGCCUAGAUUUUGUUCUCAUACCAUUUUUAAAAGAUUGUCUCUGUAGAAUUAGUUCAGUUAUUUCCAUCUUUUACAACAGCACGCUCGCUGCAGCAGUCCUCGAUAAUUAGGUUCAUGAGGUCUCUAAGGAGUGUCACUCAACUUUAGCUGUCUUUUCCCUGCGGAAGACAUGAGGAAAAUGAAGAUUGAGCUGUCCUUUAAGGUCGCUUCUUAAAUCUAACCUGUGUCAUUUGUUAGGUUGAAUUUUUCCCUUUUUGUGGGUGACAUUUUCAAAAAGAAAAUUUCCAUUUUUUUGUAUGUAUGUGGAAAAAGAUAUUUAUUUUUGAAUGGCCAUAGCAAUCACUUGCUUUGUAACGCUGUAGAUUUUGGUCCUGAAGUAUCUUGCCUACAUGUAAUAUUAGACGGCACUAAUGUCUCCUGUCUUCUCUCUUUAGGGAAAAGUCAGGUAUAUUAGGCAGAAGACUGCAUGCCGUUGAAAGCAUCUUAAAAGAUCUGGGAUGCCUGAUAGGUACAUUCCCUCCUACAUGUAGGGCAUGUCAAAAGUUUAUUUUGAAAGUGUUCUUAGUCCACUGUGUGAAAAUCAAAGACUGUAUAAAAGUAGUGGACGUAGCCACUGUGACUUCACCCAUUUGUUUGUGGACUACUGUUUUGAAGCCUCGAGUUUGAUAUUUUGGCGGUUGCCAUCUUGAUUGUUUGUUUGUUUUUGUUUUUUUGGGUGGGGGUGGAGCCAAAAGUUACCAUAUUUUGAUGAGAGGGUGGAACUGGGGAGGAGCUAGGUGUGGAGCUGAGGUUAUCAGCUAACAAUAGUGCUAGCUAGCUUGUUUACCCAGGUGCAUCUGUAAUUCACAUCUUCAAAACUAUCAUGUUAAUGGGAUACUAAUUUUAGCUAGCAACAGGUAAAUGUGGUAGUGACAUGUCAAUCACAAGGUAUCCAUUCUCUAAAGCAUACCUUACUUUUUCAUCUAUUUCACUCUAAAUGGGACCAUAUUUUAAAAAAUGAACAUUGUGCUAUAUUGAAGAAGACUUGAAACUAGUGAUUGAGACCAUGAAUUCAUUAGGAAGGUGUUUACUGAGGUAAUAAAUCAAGUGAGAUCAUUUUCUCUGUCACUUCUUUACAAUACUUCUUUUUGUUGCAUCCAGUGGAGUCGCCCCCUGCUGGCCAUUAGGAAGAAUGCAGGUUUAAGGCACUUUAUACUGGCUUCACUUUUCAGACCCAGAGGCUACAUCCACUUCUUUUGUACAGUCUAUGGUGGUAAUACUGGUUCUGUCAGUGACUAGACAUGCUAACGUCCUGUUUUGAGCUCUCCCAAAACAACAAAUAACAGAAGAAGUUUUCCGAACAGCCGCCACGUUUUCUGUAUACAGUAUUUUGCCGUAAUGAUAACUGCUGACAGGAUUGUAUGUUGAAAGGUUUUACUAAAUGUAUCACUGAUAACAUUUCAAGGUGCCAUUGAUAAAAUUACACUGUCCUGAGCAUCAUAUCAUGUGAUCCUUGAUGCUUUUCAAAAUAUCCCAAGAAAGAAAUGAACCAGUUUGCUUUGUUUUAAAAUUUCAAAACACUAACUGCUGUUGUCAGCAAUUCUCAAUUACAAGUUUAAAGAGAAUGUACAGCAGAUCAUUUCAUUGGUUUUACCUUAUUGAUUACCUCAGCUGUUAAAUAGGACUUGUUAUGCCCUUGUGGUCAUUGAUUACUAACUUUUUGGACUGAGAUCAAGGAGCUUUUCAAUACCCAGAAUAGAACUGCAGCAUGUGUAUGAUGGAUUUUAUUGUGGUCAAUAAAGAAGACAUCUGAUCACAGAUGUCAACAUAUGCUAAAAUAGAACCGCCUCAGCCAUCAUUGUUUUGGUUUUGUAACCUCAGUUUGGAAGGUUUGGCUGCUCAUGUUGGGUAGAUGAUGAGCGUGGGGAAACAGACAAUGUGUACAUAUUGGUUUGGAUUGUUUGCAAAGCUACUUUGGUUGUAAAUAGUUAUUUUAUUAUAUUUAUGUAUUUUCUAGUCAUGUUACUGUUUUAAACUGUACUGGUUAAAGAAUGAAACGUUUGCCUCAUGCCUUAUUUGGACAUUAUGUAGAUAAGAAAGGAUUGAUGAUUUUUAUUUGUUGUUUUGGUCAAAUUGUUUGUUUAAUACUUUGAAUGCCAACAGCAGCCACACUUGCUUCUGUUUAGGGGCAAAGAUGUGGGUGAUUCAUAAAAACAUGAUCUGCAAUUGCUUGAAUAAAAAUAAAUGGGCUGGUACAAUAAUAAACAAUAAAGAAACCAACCCCCUUAUUACGGA